CCUCUAGCUACCCACUGCCCUCUUUAUUUCCUAACUCCAAAGACUCCACUGAUUAUCAGCCUCCUACCCCUACCUGUCAAUUCCUUUCCCUUUCAGAGGAAGAUGAGAGUAGACAAUUAAUUUAUGUAUGUUUUCUGUGGAGAAAGGGAGAUACAUGCAUAUGCAAGUACUUAAGGAGACACUUCCACAGAUGAGUGAUCAAUAGAUAUUGUCAUCCAUGCUCUUGAUACCUAGCUAGGUUCCAUUUCUCACUAUCCUCUUGACCUCCAUUUUUUUUUCCUUUUCACUUCUCUUGUUCUUGCUACCUAAAGGGGGAGGAGGAGGAGGAAAAGGGAGGAAGAAGAGACCCAUUCUUAUUCUAAUAUACAGUACUUAGCACGUGUUCCAGCUCAAUCCUUGAGGCAAAUUCACAGCUUUGUCAUAGGAAUCAUACACUAGUUGUCCAAGAAUCUCAGCGUAUUUGCUACGUAGAUCAAGUAGACAAGCUUGAAUUGUUCGAUCGAUCGGGUCGUCGGAGUUGGGGGCCACCGCGAUGGCGGCGUACUUCACAGGCGGCGGCGCCGGCACCGACGUCGUCCAGGCCGCCGGCACCGACGGCCUGCAGACGCUCUACCUCAUGAACCCCAGCUACGUCGGCUUCACGGACGCCGCCGCGGCGCCCGGCGGCGGCGCCGCCGCCGCCAACAUGGUGUUCCUCAACUCGGCGGUGAGCACCCUCACGCCGGCGAGCUUCAGCCACCACCACCAGCCGACACCGGCGGCGCAGCACUUCGUCGGCAUCCCUCUCCAGUCGGGGUACAACCUGUGGGGCCCUGACGCCACCGGCGGCAACGACGUGUCGCCGCCACGCCACGGCGCCCAGCAGCAAGCGCCAGCAGCAGCUGGCACGUCGGCGGCGGCGGUCAGCCCCGUGCUGAGCCUGUCGUCGCGUGAGGCGGCGCCGCCGGUCACCGUGGCCGCCGCCGCCGCCGCCGCCGCCGUCCCCGGCGGCACGGACCAGGAGAAGGUGGUGAUGCGCUCCAGGUACCUGAAGGCGGCGCAGGAGCUGCUCGACGAGGCGGUGAGCGUCAGCAAGGGCGCCGCGACGGCGGUGAAGAAGAAGGAGGACUCGGAGGGCGGCGUGUCCGGUGGCGGCGGCGGUGCGGAGGACGGUGGCGGCAGCAAGAGCGGCGCCGCCGCCGAGAUGUCGACGGCGGAGCGGCAGGAGCUGCAGAUGAAGAAGAGCAAGCUACUGAACAUGCUCGAUGAGGUGGAGCAGCGGUACAGGCAGUACCACCGGCAGAUGCAGGGGGUGGCGGCGGCGUUCGAGGCGGCGGCGGGGGCCGGGUCGGCGACGACGUACACGUCGCUGGCGCUGCGCACCAUCUCGCGGCAGUUCCGGUGCCUCCGCGACGCCAUCGCGGCGCAGGUCAGGGCGGCGAGCCGGGGGCUCGGGGAGGACUGCGGCGACGACGAGGGCGGCGGUGGCGGCGGGAGGACGACGGUGGGGUCGCGGCUGCGGUUCAUCGACCACCAGCUCCGGCAGCAGCGCGCGAUGCAGCAGCUUGGCAUGGUGCACGCCGCCGCCGCCGGUGGGCGCCGCGGCGGCGGGUGGCGGCCGCAGCGUGGCCUCCCCGAGCGCGCCGUCUCCGUCCUCCGCGCUUGGCUCUUCGAGCAUUUCCUCCACCCAUACCCCAAGGAUUCGGACAAGGUCAUGCUCGCCAAGCAAACCGGCCUCACCAGGAGCCAGGUGUCGAACUGGUUCAUCAACGCGAGGGUGAGGCUGUGGAAGCCAAUGGUGGAGGAGAUGUACGCCGAGGAGACCAAGGCCAAGGAGGAGGAGGAGGAGGAGCACGACGCGGCGGCGGCCGCCGCCGGCGACCGUGGCGGCGUGGCGGAGCAGGCUCCGAGUAAGCCGGACGACAGUGCUGGCAUUGGCAUGUCGUCGUCGUCGCCGGCGGUGGCGGCGUCCAGGUCAGUUGGUGUGCACGCCGGAGACCAGCACGCUCAGGCGAGCUUCUACGGCGGCGGCGGCGGCGGCGACGAUCCGUUCCAGUGCAGGAUCAAGAAGGCGAGGACGACGACGGCGGACGAGCCGGCGGCGGCCGCGGCGUUCCACGUCUCCGGCGAGGCCGCCGUGAGCCACCGGGAGCUGCUAAUGAAGUUCACUGAGGCCGGCGGCGAGGGCGUGAGAACGGGCCACCCGCACGUCAACGACGACGACGACGACGUCCCUGGCGGCGCCGGCGGGUACUCGCUGUUCACGGCGGCGCAGUACGGGCAUCAGUUCGGCUCGGACCAUUUCGCGUUCGCCGGGCACGGCGGCGGAGGCGGCGGCGGCGUGUCGCUCACGCUCGGCCUCCCGCACGGCGCCGACCAGACGCCGGCGUCGUUUCUCAUAGGCGCCGGCGCCGGCAGCGACGGCGGCGGCGCGCCGGUGACGACGGCCGGCUACGACAUGAACAUGCAGAGCACCAAGUCGUUGGCUGCUCAGCUCAUGAGAGACUUCGUGGCAUAGUGAUUAGUACAGACAUAAUUAAUUAAUUAAUUAAUUAAUUAGUUAAUUAGGGAAUGUGUUCAUAUAGAAAUAAGGGUUAAGCCUUGACAUGCUUGAGAUUACUCAUUGGUAUAUAUAUAUUGGGAUGUAAACAUGUACAUGGGGGUAUUGGAUAAUGUAUACAGUAGAUAUAUACAGGACAGUAUUGCUUGAGAAAAUUCUGACAGGAAUUUCUAGUUCACAGAUUGACACAAUUAUCUGAUUAUAAAACAAAGUAAAUGUGGUUUGGAACUUUGAA